UGCAGAUAUGGUCUGUUGGGACCUAGCGGAUGCGGUAAAACAACACUGCUCAGCUGCAUAAUCGGCAGAAGAAAACUUGACAGUGGAACUUUGUUUGUUGAUGUAAAGUCCAAAGUGGAUAUGGGCUAUAUGCCACAGGAAGUAUCACUGUACGAGGAGUUCCAAAUUCACGAGGUUUUCCGAUACUUUGGACUUUUGACUAACCAAACUGAAGACUACAUCAAGCACCGUGAGAAAGAACUUGCAGAGCUUUUAGAUCUUCCUCCAACAAACAGACUUGUCUGUAACUUGAGCGGUGGACAGCAAAGACGGGUUUCAAUGGCAGUAGCUUUGUUUCACAACCCAAAGUUCCUUAUCCUAGAUGAGCCCACUGUAGGACUGGAUCCACUCUUAUGUGAAAGCAUAUGGAAAUAUUUUAUACAUAUAACGGAUGUGGAACACAAAACAAUUAUCAUUACAACCCAUUAUAUUGAGGAAGCGAGAAAUUCACAUACUAUUGGACUUAUGAGAGGUGGGAUUCUACUAACAGAGAGAAGUCCUCUCCAACUCAUGGAGAUGAACAACUGUUCAAGUCUGGAGGAGGCAUUUCUCAAAUUAAGCCAGAAACAAGAGGACAUUCCAUCAGAUAGUGUCUGUUCCUGAAAUUAAUACGAUGUAGCCUAUUCCGAUUGCACACUCAUUCAAUUGGCACUUUGGUACAGGCCCAUAUGAAUAAAAACAGAGCAAAUGCUCAUGAGCAAAAGCAUUGAGCAUAAGGUUAUGCUCAU